UGUAGAUAAGAGACGAUGCAAGUUUUUCGCUCGAUUGCGGUAACCGAACACUGCGGGCGGCGCCAACACGAUAACCGACCAUUCGCUCGCUCGCCGGCUAACCCGCCUGGCGUGUCACUCCGCGCGCCGACCACCCGUCUUCACCCGUCAAUGGUGUUUGUGAUACUACCAGGAAUUUUCAAACAGAAACAAUAGGAUAAUCAACUUCAAAAUGGAUAAGGACCACGCUUUAGAAGAGAUGAUGGGGAAACUCGGCGAUUUCGGUCGGUACCAAUGCUUCCAGUUUAUUCUUCACAUCCUGGCGGCGUUGACUGCCGGCAUGCACAUGCUGUCUCUGGUGACGGUAGCCGCGGUGCCUGACCAUAGGUGCUGGAUUGAUGGCGUCGACACCAACGAGACUGUUGCAGCUUGGAAUUCGACGGAGGUGCUCGCUGCGAUACCGAUGACGCUAGAAGGAAAACUACACAAUUGUUACCUCUACAAUGAAUACAACGAAACGGAGAAAUGUUCCAAGUGGGUCUUCGAUACAAGGUAUAGGACGUCGUCGCGAGCUAUCGAAUGGAGUUUCGUUUGCGACCAGCGAUGGAUGGGUGCGAUCACGCAAAUGGUUUACAUGUUGGGUGUAUUUACCGGAGCUGUUGUUCUAGGAGGGAUGGCGGACAAAUACGGGAGAAAAACAAUAUUCUGCUGGUCGGGAGUACUGCAAUUAAUCUUCGGUAUACUCGCUGCGUUUAUACCUGAGUAUUGGUCAUUCUUACUUACACAAUACCUUUACGCAAUAUUUGGUUCGGCCGGUGCUUACAUCACUGGUUUUGUUUUAACUAUGGAGAUAGUUGGAGCGAAUAAAAGAACCGCCUGCGGUGUCGCUUUCCAGUGUGCGUUUGCAUUAGGUAUUAUGUUAGUAGCAGGUUGGGGAGCUCUUAUAGAUGAUAGACAGCUUUUGCAAAUUGUUUAUGGCCUACACGGUCUCCUAUUGAUACCACACAUAUGGAUAAUGGAUGAAUCUCCUCGUUGGUUGUGGGCUCAAGGUCGUGCUAAAGAAGCUGUAGAUAUAAUACAAAGAGGUCUAAAAUGUAAUAAAUCUGAAGAAGUAUUAGAUAAACCUCGGUUAGUAUCAAUUGGUAAAGUUGAAAAAUUAAAGGACGAAGACGAUGCACCAUCUGCCACUACCUUAGAUUUAUUUAAAACGCCAAAUUUAAGAAUCAAAACUAUUAACGUUUGUUUCUGCUGGUUUGCAAACUCGCUGGUGUAUUAUGGAUUGACUCUUAGCACUGGUAAAAUGGAAGGUAAUCCUUAUUUAAUAACAGCUAUCUUUGGAUUCGUAGAAUUGCCGAGUUACGCUGCCGUGAUUUAUUUCUUGGACAUAUGGGGUCGAAGGCCUUUGAUUAGUUCUAUGAUGUUGAUCGGCGGCGCUGCGUGUAUAAUCGCAGCUUACUUACAAUCUGGAAGUAUAAUCUCAACUGCGAUAGUGAUAGCGGGCAAGUUAUUUAUUGCGGGAUCUUUUGCUAUCGUUUAUAAUUAUUCCGCAGAACUGUUUCCUACAGUGGUGCGUAAUUCGGCUUUAGGAUUAGGUUCAAUGUGUGCGAGGCUCUCUGGAGCAUUGACACCGUUAAUUUCAUUGUUAGAUUCUUUUGAUCCGAAAAUACCCGCUGUACUUUUCGGUAUUAUAGCUCUUGUGUCAGGAUUUUUAACGCUCUUCUUGCCUGAAACAACUAACAAGCCCAUGCCACAAUCUCUGGCCGAUGGUGAAACCUUCGGAAAAGGAGAUACUUGUUUCGCGUCCUGCUUAGGCAAAAAGAAGAACAGUCGGCGAUAUUCGGUAGAAGACAAAACACCCGAAGCAAUGGUUCCUUUAGAAGAUAUGUCUAAAAAGGUCUGAGUUAACUAGGGUAGAGAUGUAAAUUUCUAGUACAACAUUUAGCUAAGUAAGGAAUAACUAUUUUGUACCUAGAUGUUUACCAAAGUUGAAAUGGCACUUUCGAAUAUUUAUGUUUUUUAUAUAAAGCACAAAUGUAUGUAUUAUUUUUGUAAUCUCAUUAUUCAAAACCAGGAUUCUCAUAUCAAAACUAUCGGCUUGUGAUAGAAUAUAACCAAAAGUGAUCAAAUUUGUGUAAGAUCUUUAUGUUAGUUAUUAUUAAAUUGAUUUUUUAAAUGUUCCUAUCUAAAUCAUACAACCUAACAUCUAUUGUGUUAAGUUAUAAAUUCAACCAUUAAUGUUACUAUGAAUUACCAAAGUUCAAAACUAAAGGUUUGUAAAAAAAUUUCGUCCGGGCUAAGGAUCGUGGGGAUUUAGUCAGAGAUCUCCGGCUGUAUCAGCAUAGUAUUCAUUAAUCGAAUUAUUAGUUCAAAUUGUUUGAAAUUAUUUUAUUAAAGUGUUUAUUUAAAUUUUCGUAAAACAUAUUAUUUGUAUGUAACUGUAAUACCGUCCAAUAAAAACGAUUGGGGGAUUUAAUUAUUGAAUUAAAAUAAAAGUGUUAAA